CUAAUGUGAACUAAUAAUGUGUUUUCAAACAUCAAAUUUCUAAUGUUUGUCCGAAAAUAGAAUGGAUGUCAAUAACUAUGUGCUUAUUAACAGAAAGGUCUUGAAAUUUGUCGGUCUCUAUCCAACGAGUAUUGUAAGAUAUAUCGUGUGUUGUGUGUGCAUGUUCACCAUUAUUAUACCGCAAGCGAUACAGAUUUUUGAGGAUUGGCAAGAUUUGGCUGUCGUACUGGAAACGAGUUCGGUAUUGCUCACUAUCCUGCUUGCUGUGUUAAAAUCGCUGGUUUGGAUAAGCAACAGAAGGAAAAUGGAUCUUUUUAUAGAAUACAUGUUAACAGAUUAUUGGGAACUAAUGACGGCACAAGUUCCGAAUGUGUAUAUAGUAUACGUGAAGAAGGGACAUUUGUUUACCAAAGGAUACUUGUUCUUGAUUUGUAAUGCUUUAGUAUUUUUCUUCAGUCUACCUGUAAUCGAGACACUUGUUGCGGUAAUCAAGGAUACUGGCGAUAACAGUACAAAACAUUUUCCAUUCGUAGCUUUAUAUCCGGAGCCUUGCUAUCACUUUCCGAUGUACGAGGUUGUUUAUUUCUCGCAAAUAGUUGCGACGAGCCUGUGUGGUCUUAUCAUACUAGGAACUGAUACUUUAAUCGCAACAGCCCUGUUUUACACCUGCGGCCAUUUCAAAGUACUUCAAACAAAAUUGGAAAAUAUCGGCGCUGAAAUUGAUCUCAUGCAACGCGUGCACAACAAAGGGAACGUUGUGCAGAAAAUUAAAUUGCAAGUAAUAGAUAUCAUUAAACAUCAUUACACAAUUCUCUGGUUCUGCGAUUACAUGGAGACAAUUUUUAGUCCGAUGUUGUUUCUGCAAACGAUAGCCAGCAGUCUCAUAAUCUGUCUAGUGGGUCUUCAGGUUGCAACUGCGAAUAUGGACGCGGGCAUAAUUUCUAAAUCGGUGAAAUAUAUCUCGUACUUGCUCAUGGCACUUUUCCAAUUGCUGCUGUUUUGCAUUCCCGGGGACGCUCUGAUAAAUGAGAGUUCCAUGAUCAGUAGAGUCGUAUACACAAUCGCUUGGUAUGAAUUGCCGGCUUGGUUUAAAACGGAAAUAUGUCUGCUCAUGUUGCGUAGUCAAAAACCUAGUAAAAUUACGGCAGGAAAAUUCUACGUUAUGCAUUUGGAGAAUUUCAACGCGGUGUUGAGCACUGCUGUCUCAUACUUUAUGUUGCUUCGAAGUUUCGGCUCGGACGAAACUAAUGAGAAAUUAUAAUUUGAUGAGAAAUUGAAGAUGUGAUUAAUCUUUAACUACUACCAUGAAAUUGAUAACCGUAACCACAUGGAUGUUUGUUGAAAAUAAUUAACUAAAAUAAAAAUAACUUUUUGAACAACUUUGUGUUCAAGGAGCGCAAAAUUAAGCAAUG